AUGGUUAGCUCUAGGCCCAGACGAAGCCAGUGUCUUAAUUAAGAUCGAAUUGAUGUUCCUUUCUCGUUUUCCUUUGUGUUUCAACAGCAAGUGAGAAAGAUAUAAAGCAACAAAAUGUGAUUUCAUUUUUCAGAGGCGGCCGAUCGCCAUGUUCACGGUCAUGAACGUGAGAGCAGUUUUUUAACCAAAGACAAAAUCCUUUCAUUAUUUUGAUCAAAUCAUGUUAGUUCGAGCGUCUCCUUUACAUAUUUCCUUCGAUGAGGGCGUUGAGCAAAAAAAAGCUGUUUUGGAAUGGACUUUUGGAAGAACCGAAAAUGCCUAUGUUGAGAAUAUACGAUCGUGGCGACGACGUCGCUGGUCAUUUGCACGUUAUUCUUCUUGUUCGCUGUUUUCGUGCUCGUCUUCAAUGUCCGUCGCGCCAUCAAGGUCUGCCGCCGUCGCAAGCUCAAUUUCUCCGAGAUUCGUGUCAGUAAUCUCCACUUUUUAAAUUUAUAUUUUGUUUUGCCUUGAAACUCCGGUGAAAAGCAACUCUGAGUGCUCUGAGUUAUGAACUCAGUUCGCAAAGCUUCGAAUUUAGGGCGCAAUUAGCUUUUUAUGAAAGAAAAAUAAACCUCUUUUCCUUUUUCUCUCUCCAAAAACUUUUUCAGCCCAAAAAAGCAUCUGAUAACUUUUAAAACUCUUUGCAGUCACUUUUUUGCAGUCUUUCUCGUAAAUUCGAACAACUAUUUUCCAGCGAAUUUUUUUCCGAAUUUUUAGAACGUCUUAUAUAUUUCCAAACAUUAAUUUCGUCAAUUGAUUUCUUCAAUCAAUAAAUCAUUUCUUUGUUAUUUUUUUCAUAAAUGCAAUCGACUAAGCGCUGAGCAGGAAUUUCUUAAGCUAUAACGAAUAUAACCGCCUUUGGCGAACUAGAAGUUCAAACGUGUAGUUGAUCUAGUUAAAAACGGCGUUACUGUCCUUCGCCUCUUUCUUCUGCGGCCACUUCGAGUUCACACGGAAGAUGAAAAAUCUUGCGUGGUAAUGAUGAAAAAUUUGGAUUUUAUUUGAAGAAUAAUAAAAUUUUGUGAUUUUAGCAAGUCGACUACGUCUCUGUCGUCGGGAAGAAGAACACGGGCAGAGGUUUUCUUUGCCACUAUAACACAAUAUUUUUUCUUUCAGACACUACCGACGUGUCAGUUGUCAGUUCAAAUCAAGGGGUGAGCAUCGUCGACUCGAAGAUAGAAUCGGAAACCACUCGCUAUUAG